UUACUCCUGCCUACCCGUCUAGUAGCCGCCUAGUUGAAAUACCGAGCCAAGUCAGAUCAGCACAGACUGCAUCUGAGUGUCCAAUCACGGGUAUCGGCCACUUUUCGUUCCACCAUGGUAGCUAGUCUGAGAACUGUCCCCCGCGAGCAAGGCCAGUCUGUCUCCGCAGGUAUCCACGCUUUGUUUGCGUCGACAUGCAGGUGUCGGCCACCGCAUCCCAUGCCCACUGUCGCCACACCCAUUAAUGCGCCCCCGUCCUGCCACGAACGCCCGCCACCACCUCCGUCACCCUUAGUAGUAGCAUGACACAAAGCCCAUUCCCUCCUAGUCGGUGCCACGCCUGGUUCCGGGCACCGUUCUCAAGGCGUCAGCGUCGCGUAUGGAGCAUUCACCAUCCAAAGGUGUGCUAGUCUAUACUGGGGUAAUGGCUACUUCGCGCGUGCAGGGGACAGCAACAGACCACCAUGCAUCGUAGUCACUAGUGAGACCGAGCGGAAUAAGCCACCGGGAGAUAUGACAUUAGCCAACUGCCCAGCUUUCCGAUUCUAGUCAUGGCCCUAUGCCCGAGGGGACACGCAUGCUCACCUUAGCUUUAGAGUGCAUGCCUAGAACACGGUACACGAGCCCACAUAUCCCCACACACCACUCAGACCCGGUGACAGUCUGUCCCGUAAUGUAGCUAUCCGCAUUCGUGAUCGUCUCGCUCACCCACCGGAAAACUGUAUGUAGUCGAUUGCUGCUUCUGAACCGAGGGUCUCGAACCGAUAGGCACCCGUUGGAAACGGACCUCCGAUGAAUGAGGGUGCGUCAUCCCCGCACAUCGUUCUGAAUAUGAUGCUCUAGCCCUCGAAGAACCCAUCUCCCAUCGUC